AUGCAGAAAGUUCAGGAAGUUCUCGGCAAGGUCACUGACGGUGCCAUUGGCCACAAACUCCCAACUCGCAAGCUGGGAAAGAAUGGACCUCAAGUCACUGCUCUCGGAUAUGGAACCAUGGGCCUGAGUGCGUUCUACGGCAAGCCAAAGCCAGAUGCUGAGCGAUUCGCGGUCCUCGACAGGGCCUAUGAGCUCGGCGAGUUGCACUGGGACUCUGCCGACAUGUACAUGGACUCUGAGGAUCUGCUUGGCAAGUGGUUCAAGCAGAACCCGGGCAAGCGCGAGAAGAUCUUCUUGGCCACCAAGUUCGCCAACGUCGUGGCCGAAGACGGCAGUCGAUACGUAGACUCUUCGCCAGAGUACGCUCGCAAGGCGUGCGAGAAGUCACUGUCCAGACUCGGAGUCAGCCACAUCGAUCUCUACUAUGCCCACCGCCUCGAUGGCAAGACCCCGAUCGAGAAGACGGUCGAGGAGUUGAAGAAGCUGAAGCAGGAGGGCAAGAUCAAGUACAUCGGUCUCUCUGAGUGCAGCAGCGAGUCUCUCCGUCGAGCUUGCAAGGUCGAGCACAUCGACGCCGUCCAGAUCGAGUACUCGCCCUUCUCCCUCGACAUCGAGAGCGAAGAGAUUGGCCUUCUCAAGACCGCUCGCGAGCUGGGUGUUGCCAUCGUCGCUUACUCGCCAAUUGGCCGUGGCAUGCUCGGAGGCCAGAUCAGAAGCCCCAAGGACUUCGAAGAGGGAGACUUUCGAUCUUUCGCGCCACGCUUCAAUGAGGAGAACUUCCCCAAGAACCUCGAGCUCGUCGACAAGAUCACCGCGAUCGCCAAGAAGAAGAAUGGUACUCCCUCGCAACUCACUCUCGCUUGGUUGCUGGCUCAAGGCGACGACAUCAUCCCAAUCCCAGGUACCACCAACCUCGAUCGGCUCAAGGAGAACGUCGAAUCUUUGAAGGUCAAGUUGACCAAAGAGGAGGAGCACGAGAUUCGGCAAGCGUGCCAAAAUGCUGAGGUUAGUGGACACCGAUACCCAGAGGGCUUCGCGAAGGCGCUCUUCGCGGAUACACCCCCUCUUUGA